CGGUUCAGCGUCCCCGUAGCGGUUCGGCCCAGCCAUUAGCCUAGGCGCCCAGGCCCGGUGCGCGCGUGCGUGAGCGCGCCUGCGCCCCGGGGCCGCUGCAAGGGGAGGAGAGCCGCUGCCUCAGGAGGACCCCUUUCCCCCCAGAAAUUACUCAAUGCUGAGACCUUCCAAAGUGACAUUAGAGACAUUGGAAGCACCAUGGAUGGUUUUUAUGAUCAACAAGUCCCUUUUAUGGUCCCAGGGAAAUCUCGGUCAGAGGAGAGUAGAGGGCGGCCUGUGAUUGACAGAAAGAGGAAGUUUUUGGACACAGAUCUGGCUCAUGAUUCUGAAGAGUUGUUUCAGGAUCUCAGUCAACUUCAAGAGGCUUGGUUAGCUGAAGCACAAGUUCCUGAUGACGAACAGUUUGUCCCAGAUUUUCAGUCUGAUAACUUGGUGCUUCAUGCCCCACCUCCAACCAAGAUCAAACGGGAGCUGCACAGCCCCUCCUCUGAGCUGUCGUCCUGUAGCCAUGAACAGGCUCUCGGUGCUAAUUAUGGAGAAAAGUGCCUCUACAACUAUUGUGCCUAUGAUAGGAAGCCUCCCUCUGGGUUCAAGCCAUUAACCCCUCCUACCACCCCCCUGUCACCUACCCAUCAGAAUUCCUUAUUUCCCCCACCUCAGGCAACUCUGCCCACCUCGGCACAUGCCCCUGCAGCUGGCCCAGUACCAGGUGUGGGCCCCACCCCCAGCCCUCAUUCACUUCCAGAACCUGGACCACAGCAGCAAACCUUUGCGGUCCCCCGGCCGCCACAUCAGCCCCUGCAGAUGCCAAAGAUGAUGCCUGAAAACCAGUAUCCAUCAGAACAGAGAUUUCAGAGACAACUGUCUGAACCCUGCCACCCCUUCCCUCCUCAGUCAGGAGUUCCUGGAGAUAAUCGCCCCAAUUACCACCGGCAAAUGUCAGAACCUAUCGUCCCUGCACCCCCCCCACCCCCUCAGGGAUUCAAACAAGAAUACCAUGACCCACUCUAUGAACAUGGGGUCCCAGGCAUGCCGGGCCCCCCAGCACAUGGAUUCCAGUCACCAAUGGGAAUCAAGCAGGAGCCCCGGGAUUACUGCGUUGAUUCAGAAGUGCCUAACUGCCAGUCGUCCUACAUGAGAGGGGGCUACUUCUCCAGCAGCCAUGAAGGUUUUUCAUAUGAGAAGGAUCCCCGGUUGUACUUCGACGACACCUGUGUUGUUCCUGAGAGACUGGAAGGCAAAGUCAAACAAGAGCCCACCAUGUAUCGGGAGGGGCCCCCUUACCAGAGGCGAGGUUCCCUUCAGCUGUGGCAGUUCCUGGUUACCCUUCUUGACGACCCAGCUAAUGCCCACUUCAUUGCCUGGACAGGCCGAGGCAUGGAGUUCAAGCUGAUAGAACCGGAGGAGGUCGCUCGGCGUUGGGGCAUUCAGAAGAACCGGCCAGCCAUGAACUACGACAAGCUCAGCCGAUCUCUACGCUAUUACUAUGAAAAGGGCAUCAUGCAGAAGGUGGCUGGGGAACGAUAUGUCUACAAGUUUGUCUGCGACCCCGAUGCCCUUUUCUCCAUGGCCUUCCCCGACAACCAACGUCCGUUCCUGAAAGCGGAGUCUGAAUGCCACCUCAGCGAGGAGGACACCGUGCCACUGACCCACUUUGAAGACAACCCUGCUUACCUCCUGGAUGUGGACCGCUGCAGCAGCCUCCCCUAUGCCGAAGGCUUUGCUUACUAAGUUUCCGAGCGGCUGAGCGGCCAAACCCCAGAGCUAGCAGUUCCCAUUCAGGCAAACGAGGGCAGUGGUUUUGUUUGUGUUUCUGGCUGUUCCCAAAGCUUGCCCUUUGAGUAUUAUCUGGAGAACCCAAGCUGUCUCUGGAUCGGCACCCUUAAAGACAGAUACCUUGGCGGGGGAGUGGGAACAGGGAGGGGCAGAAAACCACCAAAAGGCUGGUGCCUCAGCUCUGAACCUGACAAGGUUUCUGGGAAAGCAAUUGAAAUGGAGUCUCCUUCCCAUGGACAAUAUAUGCAAAGCAAUACCUUGUUCAGGUUAGUACCCACAAACCAGGACAGAGUGUGUGACAAUCUGCAUUGAUCAUGGACUACUAAAUGCCUUUACGAAGAAGGGCUCUGAUUUGCACAAUUUAUUGAAAAAGAUGUCACAAACCCAUAGAAGAGGAGGUAGGCAAAGUUGGGGAGGCUCAAACCAUGAAGGGUUACAAAUAUAUCUUAAAACUCAGAGAGCUCUUCCAGCUUAAUCUGAAAUGUUUCCUCUUGGUCUGGAAAGAAGGGGAAAAAGGACAAACAGCUGUUACCCACUCCAUGGUUCUCAAAUAAUAAACCAUUGCUACCCUUGGGAACCUUCUGGCCGUGUGGUCACCAAGUAGAGCAAGCCCCCUUUCUCUUCCCAGUCACAUGGCUGUGUGUGUGGAUGGCUUUAAUUUUAGGAGAAGGGUGAUUAACACUUUUGACAGUAUUUUGUUUUGCUUUGAUUCGGGGGAUUGUUUUGUUUUGGUGGUUGUUUUGGAAAAACAGUUUAUAAACUGAUUUUUGUAGUUUUGGUAUUUAAAGCAAAAAAAA